CGCUCACACACAAAGCCGCCGUCUACUACCAUCACCAGCUGGCGCUCAGUGAUGACCAAGGCAUUGACAUGACACAGAGUCCGGGUCGUGACAGUCCCGGGUCGUCGUCGGGGUCGGCGGGGUCCGGGUCGCGUCACUCGUCCGCGUCGCUGGACAGCGGGCGUGCGUCAGGCCGCCUGCCGCCGCAUCACCACCACGCCGCCUGCCACUGCGGGGACACCGACAGAGUGCGCGCCAUGAUCUCACAGGGACUGCCAGAUACGGAUAUAAUCCACGCGUGGCUAGCGGACAUACAGAUGGAAGAGUACGCGCGGCUGUUCAUAGAAGCGGGGUAUGACUUGCCGACGGUGACGCGGAUGACACCGGAGGAUCUAACAGCUGUCGGCAUCAAGAAGCCCAACCACCGCAAGCGGCUCAAAGCCGAGCUUGCAAAUCUCAACGUGCCAGAUAACCUGCCCGAUUAUAUACCGGGUUCGUUAGAGGAGUGGCUGCGGCUGCUCCGACUGGAGGAAUACGGGCCGGCGCUGGUGGCGCAGGGAUACCGCACCGUGCAUGAUGUCACGCAGCUCGCGUGGGAGGAUUUAGAAGACAUGGGUAUAGUCCGACUCGGUCACCAAAAGAAAAUCCUUCUCGCCAUCAAGAGAGUGAAGGACAUCAGAGCCGGCAAGCGGAGCAUCAGCAGCCAAGGCUCACUCGACUUCACCAGGCUACAACCCGGACAGAUCCGUCAUCCUCGCGGUAAAUCCUUGGAAAGCUUAGAGGAUCCUUCAGAGAGGACCUCACACACGACAUUUUCACCCGAAGCGGGCUUCUACUACGGCGGCGGCCAGUGGAGGCGCUCCUACGACGACGGCGACAUCACCCCCACCAACGACAGUUCGUACGAGGGAGGGGGUACUUUACCGCGUCCGAGGGGCUUAGUCCGUCCCCGACCGGUUGCGAAGAUACAAGCGACGCCUGCGUACAGAGAUAAGUCGCCGGACUAUACGUACGAUGAGAUCGCGUACUCGGCUCGGUUGCAGCGCGUGGCAUACGGCGCGAGUCCGCAUGUGGCCAGGAAGCCCCCGCCCGAGCCGCCGAAGCGCCAGAGCUCUCAGUACGCGCCGUUCACUCGGUUCGGGCAGACCACUGUGGAGAUCCACCCCGAGAAGAGUCUGCCGCUGAGCCUGCCCGCGUACCCCAGCUCGGACUCGCUGAGUGUGUCGUUGGACAGCACGGGCCUGCUGCCGCCGCCGCCCGCACCCUCCUCCCCCCCGCGCAGGUACGACGACGACAAGAUGAGGACCGGCUCCGACGCGAGCUUUAAGUCAAGUUCGAGCACUGAAUCGGACAGCAUUCCGUUCGCGAACGAGAAUGCGGGAACAAUAAAGCAGAACCGAAGCCAGAUCGGGGGCCGGCCGCAUACCGUGGACUACGGCCGCACCGCCAUCGGCCUCUCCACUCUCCCGCCGAGGUCCGCCGCUGAUAUCAAACCAUCGACAACGCACUCCCUCCCGGAACACAAGGAGGAGAGCAAGAGCACGGAACCCGUUGACGUCCUAAACGACAUCGGUAACAUGCUCGCCAACCUAACGGACGAAUUGGACGCCAUGUUGGAAGAAGAGAAACGUCAAGGCCUGACUGAUUCCUAAAAUAAGCUAAAAUUGAAUUAAAGCAAAUUAAUGUUUCAUUUCCAACUCGAAUAGUUGAAAUUUUAGUUUAGUAUUCAUGUAUCGAAAACAAUAAAUUCCAAAGAAUAGUA